CUGUGCCUCAGGUUCACCCUACGUGUGGUUUCUCCCAAACAGUCUGGUUUCCAACAAGUUGGUCCUCGUUCGCUGAAAACACACAAGCAGUCAAUCAACGAUGGAAUGCGCACCCUUCGUUUUAAGGCUAACGGUGGAGUGGUCAUCGAAGAGGGCGCCGUUGACAAAGUUAUGAUCGGCCGUCUCAAUGAUAUACUGGACUCUUACCUUGGUGUGCAGGACGACCAGAUGGCACAGUCUCUGUGGGAUCUGGCUAUGUCGUGCGAAACACUCCCUCAAAUGAAUAAAGCUGUCCGAGAAUCAGAAUUAUCCGUGUUUGAAUUUCCUGAAGAACUCGUGUUUGAUAUGUGGGGAGUGAUUGGUGAUUGGCGACGGAGUCAAGCCACGAAAAAGUCGAAGAAGUCGAAAGAUGAAGAUCUCCUCGAAGAUAACGAAGAGCAACCACUGCUUCCGCUUUUCUGA